ACUGUGUGCAACCGAGAUGACAUGAGCAGCCAACACUUUACACAGAGUAGCAGCUGAAAAUGUGAUCAUACAGAAUAAAACAACAUGUAAAGACUCAAAGCUUUCGGCUUUUGCUUUAGCUGUGGAGAGGGACGGGGUAUUCUGCUAUUUGCCAUUCGUGUUUCUGGAAAGGCGUGCCCUUUAUUGUCGGACGCGAAAACUCGUCGUAAUCAUGCAGCAAUCAUUUUGAUGAUCACGGCCACCCCCCCCCCGAGAGCCGCGAGAACCCACGUUCACCGCCCUCGCCACGAGAACUUCAGCGCUGUGCGCAAAGGCGCAGACGGGACAUCUGGAGAGCUUUUACGCACAGAGGUGAGGCACAGCGGCAGCGCCCUGCAUGCAACACGAAUGACAGGCGUGCAUAUAAACUCUCUGAAUUAUUGUAACAUUUAUUUCUUGCAUCCGUUCAUGUGAUACGGCCAAAUUGUAAGACAAACAAAUCUGUAAACACUCGCCAUGGAAGAGAAUCUAAGUAAUUUGAGCGUGCUGAACUGGGAGCAGGUAAAGCGUCUGGAUGUCAUCCUCACCGAAUCCAUCCCCAUUCACGGCAAAUGGAACUUCCCCACUUUGGAGAUGAAACCCAGGGAUAUCGUCAAAGUCGUGCGGAGUCGCAUGGAAGAGCGCAAGAUUCACGUCCGGGAGGUCCGGCUGAACGGUUCCGCGGCCAGUCACGUUCUCCACGAGGACAGCGGUUUGGGCUACAAGGACUUGGACCUCAUAUUUUGCGCGGAUCUGAAAGGCGAAGUGGAGUUUCAGACCGUCAAGGAUAUCGUUCUCGACUCCCUCCUGGAUUUCCUGCCUGAAGCUGUGAAUAAAGAGAAAAUCACACCAGUUACAUUAAAGGAGGCUUACGUGCAGAAGAUGGUGAAAGUGUGUAAUGAUUCAGACCGCUGGAGUCUAAUCUCCCUCUCCAACAACAGCGGGAAGAACGUUGAACUGAAGUUUGUGGAUUCCCUGCGGCGCCAGUUUGAGUUCAGCGUUGACUCUUUUCAGAUCCGUCUGGACUCCCUCCUCCUCUUCUACAAGUGCUCUGAAAACCCCAUGUCUGAGACAUUCCACCCCUCCAUCAUGGGAGAGAGCGUUUACGGAGACUUCAAUGAAGCCUUGGACCACCUGCAACAGAAACUGAUCUGCACACGAAAUCCAGAAGAGAUUCGAGGUGGCGGCUUGCUGAAGUACUGCCACUUGUUGGUGCGAGGUUUCCGUGCGGCUUCGGAAGCCGAGAUGAAGCUUCUCGAACGCUACAUGUGUUCCCGGUUCUUCAUCGACUUCUCAGAUGUGGCGGAACAAAGGCGCAAGUUAGAAUCGUAUCUGCAGAAUCACUUUGUGGGAUUAGAGGACCGUAAGUACGAGUACUUGACCACCCUGUAUAGUGUCGUCAAUGAAAGUACAGUAUGCUUGAUGGGACACGAACGGCGACAGAUUCUGAGCCUCAUCACCAUGUUGGCGGUACGUGUUCUGGCGGAGCAGAAUGUAAUUCCCAAUGUGGCUAACGUCACUUGCUAUUACCAGCCUGCACCUUACAUUGCAGAUGGCAACUUUAGCAAUUACUACAUUGCUCAGGUGCAGCCAGUCUAUGCCUGCCAGCCCGCCCGCACAUUCUCAUCGUGGUUGCCCUGCAACUGACCAAUUGUUAACUCACAUUUGGUCCGACAUGUCUAAUUAGAGCACUCGCCCAAUGAGACCAGUUGACAAGUCUGUAUUUGUGUGCUCUACAAUGUGAGAAAAACCUUUCCGAACUGGCUGCUGCCAGCUCACUGCAAGGAGAAGCUACAAGCACGUCAGAUGAAGAAAAAGGAAGGGGAGAGUGAGGUAACUUGGAUUCGUUCCCAUCAGGCAGCACAUUCUACAUAGGCUUUCCAUGGCUAUGUGCCAGGCCUACAGAAGCACAACACUGGCUGAGAGGAAACACCAUGGGAACUCUAUGAGAGUAAUACAGACACAAAAGGGACUAUCUUUGUGUUUGUGUACAUAUGUGUGUGAUAGACAUACUUGAAGAAUCAAAGAUGUCCCGCAUAUUGUGUUGAAAGGGCAGAUAGAUUAGCAAGAGAACUUUUUUGAUGCCCACUACUCAUGCUAUAAGACUGAAACCAAUGGACACUUUUCUCAUGCCAAGGAUAUUCUCAUAGAUACCAGAUACCCAAAAAACAGAUUAUCAUUUAAGUGCCUUAAACUGGUUUUAAUUUUAAUUUUAAAUCACUCUGUUAAUGACCCCAAAGUAUGUUGGUCAAGACAUCUUUUUGGAGUCACAUAUGAAUGAAGGUAGUGUACAAUAGCAAAUGGAUAGACGAGUUUUAAAGGUCACUUCCAACGGAUAGUUUUAAGACCUAUUUCUUAUAAUGUAUUUGUUUAGGGGCCUAUAUGAAAGUGUUGCAUGAGAUGCUUUUUACAACCGAGGCACUUGCAAGAUUGGUAUACCUGUGUGUAAGACUGUACAUAUGAGUUUUUCGCAGCUUCUUGUCUCAUCUAAACUGACCUCAAUGUACUGUUGGCUCAAUGCUGGCUUAGCUCAGAUUAAAAUGUCCACGGCAAUGCCAUUACAUCUAAGGCAGGGAAGUAAAACAGGUCGAGGCCGAACAGGAAGAGAACUAAUGAAAGUUGUUGUUAUAUCCAGGUUACCUGGCGUCUUUCUGAAGGCCUAAUUAUCACACAGCCACCAAAUCCAGAGAUUAUACCUUUGACACAUCUGACCUGCAUAUCCUGGGGGAUUAAGACCAGCAUAUACAUAGCAGUGAGAGGCAGAAGCUUGUUUAAGGGAAGCAGAACAUAUACCAAAGAUAUUCUUGAUAUUCCUCAAGAUUGUGAAGCGUAAAAGCAUCUACAUGCUGUUGGAACUCAAUGCAACACAAUCCCCCAG